AUGCCUCAUCUCAAAGCAUCAGCUAUCACUCUUCUCCUACCCCUACUCUUCUCUCCUGUUUUCGCAGAAGAUGUCAAGUUAGUCGGCUGUGAUGAUGUCGGGUGCCCCCCAUACCAUGAUAGCGAUCGCUGCACGGUUGAAAAUACCACCUUCAUAGGAGUUGGGGUAUUCCCUAUCCCGGAUGUCCCCUCGGAACUAGAAGGCUUCUCCCUUGUCAAGGCUGUCUACGUCUCGGCCACAGCAGUCCAGGUUAACGGCUCGCGAGUACGUCCAUUCAGGUCGUUUUACUAUCUAGGUACUCCGGAGCGCACACAGGCGAACGGCCUCCCCGGCUGUGCAACUAUCUUCAACGAUCCACCGGCCAACAAGUUCAGAACCUCUCAUGGGAUAGAUACAUUUGCUGCUUGUGAGAAACGCCUCGGAUUGCUGACCAGUGCAGCAGAAGUCGGAUGGACUAAUGUAGAUCGCUGA